AUGGACGCGCAUACUUCCGGGUCUGGCCCUGGGCCCCCUGGCGCACCUGUGCCUAUGAAUCGAGCUCAACUCGCGUCAGCGUGUGAUACAGUAAUGUCCUCACCAUUCAACUUGAAAACAGCAAACAAUGCAGCAAAUAAUGCAGAAAACAAUGCAGCAAACAAUGCAGCAGACACUGCUUUCUCACCUUUAAUCUCACAAUGGUUUUGA